AUGAAGUGUAUUACGAUUCUUUUUUUAUUUUAUAAUAUUUUGAAUUGUUUUGGAUAUGAUGUUAUUGGAGCUGGGUGUGUAGCUUAUUUAAAUGAAACUGUAUGUUUAAAAUGUGGAGACGAAUAUGACAGUAAUGACUUAACUUGUAAAACAUGUCGUGAGUCUGAUCCAUAUAUUACUAUUUCUGAAUCAAAUAUUUUUUAUGGAAUGGAUGCAUCUGGGAAAUGUACUGCAUAUGACAGUGUCACAGUAUUAACUCCUUAUUCUAUUCCAACUUUAUUUGAAAAUAUUACUAAAUUAAAUACAUCAAAAGUAACAUAUUUUAAUGGUGGAAUGCAAUUUUUAUAUCCACAACCAUGUGCUGAAAAAAGUAUUGGUCGUACUCAAUAUGUUUAUGGUAUUUAUUUUGAUAUACCUGUACAAAAUUCAUUAGACACAACAGGAAAAGAAUAUUCAUAUCAAGCAAGUAUUCAAUGGAAUAAUGUAAAUAAAUUUCAAUGUAAUGUUGUAGAAUUAUCAGAUACUGAUCCUCUUAAAGCUGUUAAUGAAUGUUUAAGUUCUGGAGAAUCAAUGUCUAGUCAAAUGAAUUGUAAUUGGAUAGGUAAAAUGAAUAAACAUUAUAAAUUAUUUAUUCAUACUGAUCGUCAAUAUAAUUCUUCUUAUAUUGGUGGAAUUUCAUUUAGUUUACAACAACCUUUAUUUCAACCUUAUAUUCCUUUUAGUGCACGUGCUGUAGAAAUGUUAAACCAAACACAUGGAGAUUUAUAUUUAAAUGUUCCUAUGAAGGUUACUGGUUUUUAUGGAUAUCCAGUUUGUGCACCAAAUUAUUAUAUGAAAUCAGUUAGAUUUUCUGCUGAACUAAUUGAAGGUGUAAGUCUUCUUGUACGUUCUGUAAGAACUGGAAUGAGGUAUAUUCAAGAAUAUGAUUUAAUUAAUGACCCUACAACAAAUGAAGUUAAAGAAAGAUGUAUUGCUUUACAUACAUCUUCAGUAGAAGGUAAAUUAGAGAACCAGGGAAUUAAUCAAGGUUUAUCUUUACUAAUUAAAUAUAAUUCUUCUAAACCUGCAGAUGGUAUUUAUAAAGGAAUGAAUUAUCAAAAAUUAUAUUUUGCUUAUUUAACUACUGAACCAGAAGAAGAUGAUUAUCUUAAAAUUGCUAUUGUUUGUCCUAAAGAUUGUAAUUCUAAUGUAGAUGCAGGGGUAUGUAGUUAUAGAAGUGGAGGAUGUAUUUGUUCAAAAAAUAAAUAUGGAAGAGCGUGUAUGGAUAUUUGUUAUAAUAAUAUAACUAAAGAAUAUAAUAAAGCUUAUGGGGAUUCUUCAUUAUUAUGUGAAUAUGGAGGAAGUCAUUGUACAAUUGAUUGUGAAUGUGAUGAUGGAUACCAAGUAAUUAAUCAUCAAUGUAUUAAAUUAACUUGUUUAAAUAAUGUAGAAAGUGAUAGUAGUUUAGAUUGUCUUAAAGGAACAAACAAUUGUCAAGAUAAUUGUAUUUGUAUUGAAGGAUAUAAACCAAGAAAUCAAGAAAAUCCAAGUUUAGGAUGUAUUUUAUUAACAUGUGGAAAUGGAAAAUUAGAUGAAGGAGAAAUAUGUGAUGGAGGAUAUAAUUGUCUUGAUACAUGUCAAUGUGCAUUUAACAAUAUGGUAUCAGAUGGAUCACUUGGAUGUAAAAAUAAAGCUACAUUAGCUACAUGGGCAAUUAUUGUUAUUUGUAUUGGAGGAAUUUUAUUAGUUAUUAUAAUUAUAAUUUUAUCUGUCACAUUAACUUCAUUUAUUAUUAGAACAAAAAAUGUUGACCUUAACAUUUAUCGUCAACAACAACCAAUUUAUUAUUAUGAUAUUACACGGUCAACUGCAUUAAAUAUAAUUGAAUCAACAAGUGCACUUGUUGAUCCAUGUCCAGUAAAAGAUAAGUAUCGAAUAGUAAUUGAUCAUAGUAAAUUAAAUUUUGGAACAGAAGAUAAUCUUGCAGAAAUAGAAGAAACAAGGUUUGAACGAUUUGUUGUAUCAAAUAAUUCAUCUAAAUAUAUGUUACUAAUCUUUCAUACACCAAAUAACCCUAAAUAUGUAUUUCAUUUUAUGCCACAAGUACAUAUACUACGUUCACAUACUAUUAAAGUUUGUACAUGUUUUAUGACGCUUCAUUGUACUACAAAGAUAUUUGGAUUAAAAAUUCAUGUAAGUUGUUAUUUUAGUAAUAAAAGAGAUGUUCUUAAUAAUAUUAGUAAUUUAUUAAAAGACAGAACAUUUGCUGAAUGGGAUGAAACUUGUAAAAAAUCAAUGGAUCAAAAUAUGAAAUUUGUUAAAUAUAAAUUUCAUGGUUCUUUUACAAUAGAAACUGAUGCAGUUAAUUCAAUUAAUCUUGAUAUGGAUGAAAUUCAAUUAGUAGAUGAACCUAUUGGAGAAGGUGCUAUGGGAACAGUUUAUGUUGGAAAAUAUAGAACAAUAUAUGUUGCAGUAAAACAAUUUAGAUGGGAAAAUCUUUCAAAUGAAGAAAUGGAAGAAUUAAAACAAGACGUAGUAAGAGAAUGUGAUUUAUUAAGUAAAUUACGUAAUCCAUUUGUUGUAAAUUAUGUUGGAUCAGUUACAUAUAUUCCACAAAUAUGUAUGGUUACUGUAUUUUUUGAGUUAGGUUCAUUAAAUAAUUAUAUUCAUAAAGGAAAUAAAGAAGGUAUUGUUUUACCUUUUGCUUUAAAAAAUAAAAUACUUCUUGAUACUGCUAAAGGAAUGAAUUUCUUACACAAUAAUUCUAUUCUUCAUCUUGACCUUAAACCUGAUAAUUUGUUAGUUAAUUCAUUGUAUGCUGACUCUGCUUGUUGUGUUAAAAUUACUGAUUUUGGUACUUCUAGAUUUAUUCAACGUUUAAAUAAAGAUAAAGGUCUUGGUACUCCUAUUUAUGUUGCCCCUGAAGCGUAUCAAGAUAUUUAUGAUUGUCCAAAUGAUGUAUUUUCUUAUUCAAUAACUGCAUGGGAAUUGUUUUAUGGUGAAGAACCAUAUAAAGAAUUCAAAUCAUUAUUUGAUAUUAAAAACUUUGUUUGUAAUGGUAAAAGACUUCCUUUAGAUAGUUCAAUGCCAACAGAAUGGAAAGAUUUAAUAACUUCUUGUUGGAAUCAAAAACCAACAGAAAGACCUAUUUUUAGUGUAAUUGUAAAUGAAGUUGCUCGAUUCGAAAAUAUAAAUCAUCCAGAACUUGAUAAUGGAGUAGAUUAUGAAAAGAUUAAUGAAUUAACCCAAUCUAAAAAGGAAAAAAUAAACAACUUAUUAAAUUGA